CUGGCUCCCUCGCGCGUUCACACAGUUGCCCCGCAGUUGUCGCGCAGCUUUUGCGUCACGGCAACCUCAUCAACACGGGACGAAAACCGCGCAAGAAGCGAAAAUGCUUUUCUACUCGUUUUUCAAAUCUCUGGUGGGCAAAGAUGUUGUGGUCGAGCUGAAAAACGACCUGAGCAUCUGUGGGACGCUCCAUUCAGUGGACCAGUAUCUGAACAUAAAGCUCACAGACAUCAGUGUCACAGAUCCAGAGAAAUAUCCACACAUGUUGUCUGUGAAAAACUGCUUUAUCCGGGGCUCUGUGGUGCGGUACGUUCAGCUCCCCGCAGAUGAAGUGGACACACAGUUGCUCCAGGACGCUGCUCGGAAAGAGGCCAUGCAGCAGAAGCAGUGAUGGAGCCAGAGGGAGGGCUGAUCAGGGUUUGGGGGUUGGGGGAAGUUUUUGUAAAAUAAGUAGAUUUAUUGGGUGUGUUUUUUUUUUUUUUGUCACAGUUGUGUAUCUUAAGUGUUUGCUGUGUUCAAGGCCAUAUUUUUCAUGCCUGUUGAAUUGCAUUUUUGUUUUUUAUUGAAAAUAAUUUGCAGACUGUAAUUAUUUGAAAUUCCUUUAGUCUAAAAGGCAUUUGAGGAGACUUCAUUUGUCAUGUUUUUGUUGAAGAAAAAAAGAUUGUGAAUUCAUUUCUGCUAAAGCAAUUAGAGUGAAAUAAAAGCAUGCAAAGGGCGCAAUGAAAAAUCUUUUAAUUUACAUCUGCACUUGAUUUAUCACGUACAAUGAAAAAUGUUGACUUGUUUUUUACUUAAUGUUAAAUAAAAUAUUUUAUUUAUA